ACUUGAAAACAAAGCAAACACUGCUCCAGUUCAAAACCCAUCACACACCGUUCGAUCCCAGAGCUGUGCGAAUCUGACGGUGCUCAUUCAUCUGAUGCAGAACCGUUUCAGUGCAGCGUCAUCUCCUUCCUGAGAACGAAGGAGACAGAGACAAACCUUCCCAUCACUCACUCUUUCUCUCUCUUCAACACCAAAAAAAAAAAAAAACUAAUCAACCAAACCCUAAUUCUUCGAAAUUGGAUUGGCAAAGUUCUUCCCCAAAUCCUCACCUCCUUCAGACCCAGAUCACAUUUCUUCUGCCUCUUAAUUCUCAGCCACCUAAUUUGCGAUCUUUCUCUGCCUCCGAAUCAUGGAGAAGGAGGAGAACGAACCGCAUGUUCAGAAAAGUGGCGGCGAAACCGAAGACGCCGAACCCCUUGAGCUCGUUCUCUUUCAAGUGCCCGAGUGUUACGUCUACAUAAUACCUCCAAGAAUGAGUGCAGCUUCAUACAGGGCCGAUGAGUGGGAUGUCAACAAAUGGGCAUGGGAAGGGAUAUUGAAAGUCAUUAGCAAGGGAGAAGAAUGCAUCAUAAGACUCGAAGAUAAGAGCACGGGUGAAUUAUAUGCUCGGGCUUUUUUAAGAAAUGGAGAGCCGCAUCCUGUAGAACCUGUUAUUGACAGCAGCAGAUACUUUGUUCUUCGUAUAGAAGAGAACAUAGAUGGUCGUCUUCGACAUGCUUUUAUUGGUUUAGGAUUCCGAGAAAGAACAGAGGCUUAUGACUUCCAAGCUGCCUUACAUGAUCAUAUGAAAUAUCUGAACAAAAAGAAAACUGCUGAAGAGAUGGAACAACAUUACCAGCAUACUUCCUCUGUUGAUUACAGUCUGAAAGAAGGAGAGACUCUUGUGCUGCAACUUAAGAACAAUAAAAGUGGCCGCAGCAUUAAGUCGAAGUUUUUUGAGCAGGGUCUGAACAACUCCCCAGAAGAAAAGACUGGAAAAAAACUUUUACCUGUACCUAGUAUCAAGUUACCACCACCUCCUCCAGCACCCCUUUCACCGGUUAUUGCAGCGCAGAAGUCUCCAACAGACUCACCUACAAAACUUAGCCUUGAGAAAACAUCUAAAGUUGAGACACCCAAAACAGUCAAAGACAGAGACCAUGAAAAUUCUCCUGAAACUCAAAGCACACAGGAUGUACCAGAUGAUGAUUUUGGCGAUUUCCAAGCAGCUGGUUAAGCACAUAAGCUAUCCAUUAUUCAUCAUGUGGUUUGUCUCUGAUGAAUAGAAAACAUGCAAAAUUAUUCACUCCUUGUACAUCUGGUAUAUACCAAAGACUGCUGAUUCAGCUUGGAGAUUCAAUUAUGUCCUUCCAGACAGGAGAAAGUAUAUCCUACAUAGCCAACAAAAUAUCAUUAAAGAAUCAACCUAUAUGCUUAGUAAUCGGUGGUUGUUUUGGUUGCACUACGGGCUACUACUACGAGAGUUUUUCCUUCUUGAGUCACUUAAUUUCAGUUUUAUGCUUUGUUUAUAUUUCUGAGUUGAGAUUCCUAAGUAGUUAUUUAGUAGUACAUCCUAAACCGGGUUCAUAGCUUUGUCGAUAUCAUAAUUGCUGUUAUGAUGAAUGAACCAGAUUAAGCGUUGAUGACUUGUUGAUUUGUUCCUUGUAUGGUGGAUGAUCUAGAAUAGGAAGAAGUGAACACAGAAAUUUGUGUGAUUAAAUAAAAAAUUAACUUGUCAUCGA